CGUCUGCAAUCUAAAUAGUGCUGAUCAUCGAGUGUGUGCUGGAUACACGGCGAAAGAACGGGAGUCGCCGGUGCAGAUCUGAUCAUUUAAGGGUCUACCUUGGAGCAUCUCAUCUAGGAUAUCCACAGCUUUGAUGCAGCACAGUGUUGAAAUAAAUCGAAGAUGACGGAAGAGGUGAUUGUCAUCGCCAAGUUUGAUUACAUUGCCCAGCAGGACCAGGAGCUGGACAUUAAGAAGAAUGAACGUCUCUGGCUUCUGGACGACUCCAAGUCCUGGUGGCGUGUCCGCAACGCUACUAACAAGACGGGUUUUGUGCCGUCUAACUACGUAGAGAGGAAGAACAGUGCCAGGAAAGCAUCAAUCGUCAAGAACCUCAAAGACACUUUAGGGAUCGGUAAGGUAAAACGGAAAACAGGCAUGCGUGAAACAGCCUCCAACUCAGACACAGACUUCUACCCGGACAACAGCGAACGUCUGUACGACCUGAACCUUCCUGCACUAGUUAAAUUCAGCUACACAGCGGAGCGGGAAGAUGAGUUGUCGCUGGUUAAGGGCACGAGGGUCAUUGUUAUGGAGAAGUGUAGCGAUGGGUGGUGGAGGGGGAGCUACAACGGUCGUUCGGGAUGGUUCCCAUCCAACUAUGUGACGGAGGAUGCAGAUGGAUCGGCAAGCAAUGACUCUGCUGGUCUGUCGGAGAAAUUGGCUGCUGUUCUUCAUAGCGCGAAUGGCAAUCGAGUACUGCACACAGUACAGGCACUCUACCCAUUUAGCUCGGGCAAUGACGAAGAGUUGAAUUUCGAGAAGGGGGAGGUAAUGGAUGUUGUAGAGAAGCCAGAAAACGAUCCAGAGUGGUGGAAGUGUCGCAAAGCUGAUGGGCAGAUGGGACUUGUGCCGAAGAACUACGUCACUGUGCUGCAGGAAUCACACAACUCGGCCAGCAUGGCCGGGCCGCCCACACCUGACUGUGACUACAUUGAGCCUUCAUCCAGUGGACGCUUCGCCGGCAAGCAGUGGUACUACGGGAAGGUGACGCGUCAUCAAGCAGAGGUGGCACUCAACCAGAGGGGCACAGAGGGAGACUUUCUUAUCCGGGACAGCGAGUCCUCACCCAAUGACUUUUCAAUAUCGCUGAAAGCUCAGUCCAAAAACAAGCAUUUUAAAGUCCAGAUGAAGGACAACCUGUACUGCAUUGGACAGCGCAAGUUCAACACAAUGGAAGAGCUGGUGGAUCACUACAAAAAGGCGCCCAUCUUCACCAGUGAACAGGGUGACAAACUCUACCUGAUCAAGGCUCUUGCUGCCUCCUGAUCCCAGUCAGAAGACUACCCAGUUAACAAAGACUAUUCAUCAGGACAAACGGACAGACAGGGAAUAUCAAGCAUUCCAUGAAGGGGAGGUACAGGGAGAGAAGACAAUUAACUCCCGUUUAUUCACGCAGAAAUUUGCUAUAUAUAUAUAUAUAUAUAUAUAUAUAUAUAUAUAUAUAUAUAUAUAUAUAUAUAUAUAUAUAUAUAUUUAUCAUUGGUUUAUUUCAAAAAUGUAUUGUUAUUGAAUUUUUUUUAACUGUUCUCCAAACAGCUAAGGAACUUCGCUCAAUUUGUUUCAGAGGUCUUGAAUAUUGUAUGUUUCUGCCUGCAUUGCUUGAACUACGCAAAACAAUUGGUAUUGACUCUACCUAUUGUAUUUAAUAGGAACCAAUAUUUCUGCAAAAUGCUCAAACAAUAAAACUCAGUGACCAAAAUGUACUUAUUGACUAGGAUUUGUAACAAACUUUAAAAUUCUCACUGAGAGAUUGGGCUAUCAUUGUGGGAGGAAACUUGAACUGUAAUCGAAAUAGGAAGUGACCGCAUGUUUCCAACUUUAAUUCAAGCUGGAUUUAAGCUCUAAGAUUCUUCAGUUAUUGCCUAAAUAGCCUUAAUGAGGGUGAAGUCUAUACGAGGAAUACAAUUACAGAAGUUCUCCUUCUCUGACAAUCGAGAUUGCUGCAGAACUUUGCGGUUUGCUACUGUUGUCAUCAAGCCUUGACAAUGUGUCCUAAAUCUGUUAUCCAUACAUCUUGUAAACUGUUUUCAGAAAUCAUAUUAUGCCUUUAAUAUGAUAUUUCCCCAUUUGGAAGGUCUUAGCUGUGAUUGCUGUCUUCUACUAGACAGUUAUUUGAAUGAACGCAGGAAGGGUUGCAGGUCAUCCAAGCCUGUAAUGCGAUGCUGUAGCUGAAGAUUCAAGAUAAACCACACUGGUGCACGCAACAGGUCUUUUUAAUGAUUCGGUAUUUUACUAAUAAAGUGGACUUUUCUGUUUAACGUAACAAUUCAGUUGGCGUAACGGGUGUGUCUUUGUCGUUUUCGUUAUCAGUGGUGGUAUAUUGGUCUGAAGCUUCAUCAGGUGUUAACCUUCUCUUUGUUUUGCUUGGCACUCAUUUGGUUGACAGUAGCUCAAGUUUUCAGAUGUGCAGAUGCAUGUUGAAGCUAGGUGGGUCAAUGCAAUUCCGUUAUACAUCAUUUGAUUCGCUGUCGUCAGUUUGAAAGAAGCAUUGUGAGCUUAGGGUUCAAGGAAGAGCCUACUUCGCCUGGCGAUCAAGAUCCGCCUUGCUGCUUCCGUGUAUUUUUCAUCAGGUUGAUAAACAGCUGAGGGUGUUGAGAGGUGUUCCAAUGGUAUAUGUAAAACCUGGAAGAUAAGGAUAUUUGUGGAGGAUCAGGCAUUGGAGAGGACAUCUCCAUGAGCAUGUUUCUGUUUUAAAUUGGAACAACAUGGAAGUCCUUUCUCAAGACUCGAGGAGGGUGAUCAUCUGGGCUCUCCUCCAGGGGACGAUCACUAUGACCGUGAUUACUUCCCCAGCUGUAUGGAGCCAUACUGGGGGCGAGAGUUGAGGAAUGGGGAUUUUUUGGGGAGUGUAUGGAAAAAAUGCUGAAGCAUGCAGACUUUGGUUCAGCAAAUAUUAAGGUUAGAGUGGAAAUAUGAGAUUACGGUCAAUAAUGUGAAGCUCAAUGCAGGGAAACACAGUUGAUUUUGCUGUUUAGGACAGUUGUUCUCACUCUUUCUUUUUUUUAUUUUUAUUUUUUUGCUUCAGGACCCAGAUUUUUACCUUGGAAACAUUUGGCGACCCAGCACAGAUAAAAACGUAACCUGCAUUAAAUGUAGUCUGGGUCUUUCAUAGUUUAAUUAAUGUUUUUUUUUUUUGAGGAUGAGCGCAUGUCACGCAACAUGUCCAUGUUGGCAUCUUCCUAAUUUGGCUAACUUCUAACAAAGUGACGAAUGAAUUUGCGACCAAAAUACAGUUGAGUGUGACACAUGGCCUCAAAAACAAAAGAUUUGGGAAGUGUUUUCUCCUCCCGUUCAUAAGCCUAUUUUAAUUGUUAUGCUGACUAUACAUGAUUAUAUGGUCAGCUGUAUACGUAUUAUUUUCAUUUAGCAGUUUUUUUCCCCCCUACUGUCUCUGACCCUUUUAGAACAGAACUGCGGCCCAAUAUUGGGUCGAGAUCCACCAGUUGAGAGCCACUGGUUUAGGAUGUGGGAUUUCUGAGGUGUGUAGUCUUACCAUGUAGCCUAGUUUGUGCUUAAUGUGCCUUCAUCUGUUACUGGAACCAAAGGGUUGGUGUUCCUCUAUUCUAAGAUUCACACAUUAUUUGAGUAUUGUUUUGCAUGUGCGCAAUGCAUCCCUGAUAUGUGACUGAUGUUAAUGGACCAAGUCUUGGUCAUGCAAACUUUCCAGUGGGGAGCUAAUCAUACAUUUAAGCCUAUUGUUGAUUUAUUUUACUGAAGUGACCUUACCGUAUUAACUUUAGUCAGGGUAGACAGGAUUUAAUUUGACACAAAUGUAAACAAAAUUGUGAUGGAUAGGAGUACUGUUUAUUCAGUGGGUUUUACUGUUGCACAAUGAGCACAUUUACGAGCACAGCAAUACACUGACAACAAUAAAAAAUCAGCUUAUUCAACAAAACUGACAAUGUAAGAAACCUGUUUACAUGAGAUUUGUAAUCAUUUGAUUAUUUUCUGCUUUUGAUGUCAAAAUGUAAACAGACGUGCACAUUGGAUAAUCCUGUAAGAAUGCCAAUAAAGGUGCAACACGAAGUCGGGGUAAUGGGCAAAAAUCUACGUAUGCCAAUGUUUUUCUGGGGGGCAUAAACCAUUUCUGACCUUACCACAAUAAAGGAAAACUAUUUAAGGUGUUUACAUGACCUUACAUGUUGUAAUCAGUGUAAGAACAUGCAUGUAAACAGACUCAUUGAAAAUAAAUCUUUGCAACAAUUUCACUGCAUCAAAAAACUCCAUGGGUUGUAAAAAUCAGACGUGAACUAGUGAACCUAUUGAACAGACUGUACUUCUAUCCCUCACAGCUUCAUUUUCAUUAGCACCAAAUUAAAUGUUGUCUCUAUCCUGACUAAGAUCAAUAGCCCCAGCAAACAUCAUGGUUAACUUUAUUAGUGUCCGCAGUGGAUUCAGUUGGCGUGUACAAAUAUAUUGACUUUCAGCUUAUGAGGUAGUUUAUUUAAGGUUUGAAAGAGGUCAUUAUGAGUCAAUCAUGUACACUUAACCAACAAGUUUUAUGGUGGUUAAAGGCCAAAUAGUUUGCUUCUUUCUUUCUGGAACAUUACCAAAUGUAUAUUUUUUAAGUGUUAAGAGAACACUCAUGUAGAACCUCAUUUGCAUCAAGACUGUCCAUUUGUGCAUCAAACACAACCAUUAAAAUUUGUCAUGCUAGGUGUAUUGUGAAGUGCAAGGACAACACAAUGAUAUUUUGUCUUGUGAUGUACAAAUUUUUGGCUAAUACUUGGUUUAAUUCUUGAAUUCUGAAUCAAAUUAACCAGAAACUUGGAAGAUUGAAAAAUUUGUGCUUGAUAACUCCACUAUUAGCAUAUUCAGCUUAUGAUAAAAAAAAGAAAGAAGUAAUUUAAGAAAGCAAUGCCAUGUUUCCUGUCGUGUGUCUUUGGUGGCUUCAUUUUGAUACACAAGACUGGAUUCUGACUGGACUUCUCUAUUGAGAGCUGCCUCAGUGGAUUCAUUGGGCCAAAUGGACUGGACUGCAUCACUGAUCUUGUUUGUUAAACCUCAUUUUGUCCGGACUGAGUAAACAGAGUUUCAGCAGAUAUGGGCCUGGAGGUGCUGUGAAAUGACUAGUUGUAUGCUAACUGUCUCCAGUCUCCAUGAAGAUGAAACUUUUUAGACCGUACACCGAAAGAAAUAAACUACAUAAACCAGC